GCUGCCAGAGGUUUGCUGUGAUCGCCCACCAGUUUGCUCGCCAACUGCCGUCUCCCACCUGCCCACCAUCAGUUAGCUUCGGCUGCCUGCCUGCCAGCUUACCAAAUAUCAGAAGUCGGCUGCCAUCCUCCAUCCACUGCCAACUUCCUUGCUGUGACUGUGAUUGCCUGCCUAUCUAUCAGAGCUUGGUUGUGAUCACCCUGUUGCCCGUCAAAGGUUUGCUACAAUUGCCCGCCUGCCAGCUUGUGUGCCAUUAGAGCUUGGCUGUGAUUGCCCACCUGCUUGCCAGGCACCUGACAUUUGUUAUAGCUUACCAACCAGCUUGAGGCCCAUUGGAGUUGAGGACCGGCAUCGGCAUCCCUGCCAUGGAGCACCCCUCGGAGCUGGGGGAGCUGUACUACUACUAUGAGGAGGAGGAGGCCUCGGGGGGCAACUGGAGCAGCCUGCCAGGCCACCCGGAGCCCUGCGCCUGGGAGGUGGAGGAAGCUGAGACGGACUGGGAGGUCUCCUUCGCCCUCCUGCCGGCCCUCUACCUGCUGGUCUUUGUGCUGGGCCUCACAGGUAAUGGCUUGGUGCUCCUGACCGUCUGGCGGGGCCCAGCGGGCAAGCGCCGUUCAGCUGACACCUAUCUUGGCCACCUGGCGUUGGCUGACUUGGCCUUUGUGGUGACCCUGCCCCUCUGGGCAGCCUACACGGCCCUGCGCUUCCACUGGCCCUUCGGCACAGCCCUUUGCAAACUCAGCAGCUACCUGGUCCUGCUCAACAUGUUUGCCUCAGCCUUCUGCCUGGGCUGCCUCAGCUUUGAGCGCUACCUGGCCAUCGUCCAUGCGUUGCCCCGUUCGGCUGGGCGUGGCGGGGUGGGCACUGGCUCCUCAUCCUCAAGGCCCCGCCUAGGCACCCUCCUCUCACUGGGUGGUGUGUGGCUGAUGGCGGGCCUCCUGGCCUUGCCGGCUUUGCUCCUUCGCGACACACGCCUCAGCCGACGGCGCUACGAUGACGGGCACUCCUUUGAUGGCAAUGCCUCAGUGGGCACGGUGGUGGUGGUGGAGUGCGACAUGGACUUCAGCGCCUUGGCAUCCAGCCCCGAGGAAGAGGGCUACUGGCUGGCAGGCCUCAGCUUGGCCACCACAGCUCUGGGCUUUGCAGCCCCGCUGCUGCUCAUGACUCUCUGCUACUGUGGUAUUGGGGCUGCCGUCCGGCGCCACUUCCGCCCACGGGCUCCCCGACAACGAGAUGAGGGGCGCCAGCGUCGUCGCUUGCUGCGCAUCCUGGUGGCCCUGGUGGCGGUCUUUGCUGGCUGCUGGCUGCCCUUCCACCUGCUCAAGAGCCUCUAUGUCUUGGCCUGGGUGGGCAUCCUGGAGCUGCCUUGCCCUGGGCGGGCACUCAUCUUACGCCUCCACCCCUAUGCCACCUGCCUGGCCUACCUCAAUAGCUGCCUCAACCCCUUCCUCUACGCCUUCUUCGACGGACGCUUCCGCGCCCAGUGCCGGCGUCUGCUCGGUCUCCGCCAGGCCCGGCGUCGAGGUGGGAGUGGCAGCGGUGCCGGCCAGGCUGCGGGCUCCAUCUCCUCCACCCUCAGCGGGCAGACCCAGAAGUCCGAGGCCCCCUCCCUGGGCACCAAGGUCUGAGGGUGCUCCUUGGACAGCAGGCCCAAGCCAAGCCCCGCUGAGGCCUGCCUUGCCUGUUGCCCUGACCUGGGCAUUUUUGGGGCAUUCCUUUCCCAUUCCUCUUUAGCCAGGUACCUGCAUUCCUUGGCACUCCAUUUUACCUUUCUUAGUAAUGGCAUCUUCAUCAUCUACAUCUUCCAAUGGACCCAUGGCAGCCGAUGCAGACAUGGCAGCGGACAUUUACAAUAUGUCAACAUGUAAGGGGAUUCUUAUGAAGUAUAGUGCCAGGGCGUUUGUCUGGAGCACGUAAGGACAUUUCUAAUAUACGUCAGAAAGGUGAGCAACAAUAUUUUAGCCUGCCUGGUGGACGUGGGAAAAGCCGUUCCCUGUCGAAACGUUGGCAUUUUCCUGGCAUGCUCUCUCUGCUCUUCUUGGACCCCUCUUUUGACCCUUGUUUGGGCACCUUCAUCCCUUUUGGGCAGGCCCCAUUGGCGGGUGACCCCUUGGCCAUCCAUGAACAGACUGGUUCCUCAGGACAAAAAGAAAGAAAGAAAGACAAUUCUUCCACUAAGAACUUAACUUUAGUGUUUUUAUUUCCUGAUUUUGGGCAGAUGGGGCAGCCCAAAAUUGGUUUGGGUUUCAAAAGUCAAUGAGGGUUUCUCUCGAAGGAAGGGAGAGCUGGAACGGAUGGGAUGCUGCCCUCGGUUUCUCUGCCGCUUCCUUCCGCCUGUGCCCAUCUCUCAAGGUACCCUUGCCCCUUUGGUGGCAUCAGUCCAUCUCUGUGUGGUUUACCCACUGAGACUGGCAGAAGGGCCAAGUGCAGGGGACUUUGGCUCUUGUGAGAUUGCUGGACUCCAGGGUCAAGCAGCCAGAUACCUGGCAGAUGAUUUGCUUGGUGCCAUCUCUUUUCUUAGGCAGCAGCACCAUCUACUGGCACAGCAGUUGCAAUGCACCGAAGGGGUGCCAGACUUUGCGCCUGGGAAGAAAACACCCUCCCCCCACCCCAAACACACUUCUGCUUUUGGAAGCUAAGCAGGCCUGGGGUUGGUUUACCCCUCGAUGGGAGGUCUCCAGGUAAGACUGAAACCUGCCAGAAACCUUGACAGAGCGCCCUGGGUGCCAGUCCAAGUUGGCAAUACUGAGUUAAAUGGAUCUGACUGAGCGUUCCAUAGCCCUCUUGUUGUCUGUGGACCGUAGCUCUUACUGCAGCCUGGCAGCAUUGAUGCUUGUGACUGUGGAAGGUGUAGGGGGUGAGUUGGGGAAGAGAAGAGGGCACCUCCCUUUCUUAGCCAGGUUUAGGCCUGGACCCUUUGUAGUUAUUGUAGUCGGGUCUCUGAGCAUGCAAGGAGUGUAUUUCCCCAUACAAACUCAACCUUCUUCCUCUCACCUGCACCAAAAAACAAAGGAAAAGAGAUUCUGGCAGGACAAAAAUGUGGAGGUGCUUUUGAACCCAAAGCUUGAGGUUGAUCCCUCUCUUGUUUCUCAAAGUGCAAAAUGAAUGAUUCUCAAUGAGGAAAAGCAAAUGGGGAGGGGAGGGGAGGGGAGGGGAGGGAGGGGGGACGGACAAGGACACGUAUUUCCAGUACCUGUCUUUGACUUAACAGCCAAUAAAAAUAUUUCCAAUAA